AUGGUCAGAAAGAAGAUUGACAGUCGUAUCCGUGUUAUGAUAGAGAAUGGAGUGGCAACAAGGCAUCGAUCCAUGUUUGUUAUUGUUGGAGACCAAGGGAAGGACCAGGUUGUGAUCCUUCACCAUAUGCUGAGCAAAGCUGAGCUGAAAGCCAGGCCAUCAGUUUUGUGGUGCUACAAAAAGGAGUUGGGCUUUACCAGUCAUCCACGAAAGAGGAUGAAGGAACUACAGAAGAAAAUCAAAAGUGGGAAGCUGAGUGCAAAAGAAGAUGAUCCAUUUGAGUUGUUCAUUUCAUCCACAAACAUCCGUUACUGCUACUAUGCUGAAACACACAAAAUUCUGGGCAACACCUAUGGGAUGUGUGUGCUGCAGGACUUUGAGGCUUUGACCCCAAAUUUGUUGGCCAGAACAAUUGAAACUGUCGAAGGAGGUGGACUUGUGGUGAUUUUACUUCGUACAAUGUCAUCUCUGAAACAGUUGUUUACAAUGACCAUGGAUGUUCACUCGAGAUUCCGUACUGAAGCUCAUCAGGAUAUCGUAGGUCGCUUUAAUGAAAGGUUUCUGCUUUCUCUGACGUCAUGUGAGAGCUGUGUUGUUGUAGAUGACAAACUGCACCUGAUCCCAAUCUCUACUCAUGCACUCACGCUUGAGCCCGUACUCGCCAAGUCAUUGGACAAAACAUUGUCGGCCCAGGAAGUGGAGCUGGAGGAGCUGAAAUCAUCAGUUCAGGAUAUGGAUGUAACAACCGGCAAAAUUAUCAAGUUGUGCCGAACUUUGGACCAGGCUCAUGGAUUCCUUAAGUUUGUGGAUGCUAUAGUGGAAAAAACUUUGCGCAGUACAGUGGUCAUGACAGCAGCCAGAGGUAGAGGCAAGUCAGCUGCUAUUGGCUUGGCUAUGUCUGCUGCUGUUGGAUUUGGAUACUCAAACAUUUUUGUGACAGCCCCUAGUCCUGAGAAUUUGAAAACCCUGUUUGAGUUUAUAUUCAAAGGCUUUGAUGCUCUUGAUUAUCAAGAGCACAUUGAUUACGAGAUCAUCCAGUCAACAAACCCAGAGUUGAACAAAGCUGUGGUCAGGGUGAACAUCUUCAGAGAUCACAGACAGACUAUACAGUAUAUUCAUCCAGCAGACUCACACAAGCUGGGACAAGCAGAGCUGGUGUGUAUUGAUGAGGCUGCAGCGAUCCCAUUGCCCUUGGUGAAGAAUUUACUGGGACCCUACCUUGUCUUCAUGUCUUCAACUGUCAAUGGAUAUGAAGGUACAGGGCGGUCGCUGUCACUGAAGCUGGUUCAGCAGCUAAGGCAGCAGUCCAGCACCUACGGUGGGAGUGUCAAGGAGGCAAGACUGGCAGCAAACAUGGUCAAACAAGGAGUGGACACAUCGGCUUCAGGCCGAGUUCUUCAUGAAGUGGAAUUGAAAGAGUCCAUUCGAUAUGCCAACGGUGACCCUGUGGAGUCAUGGCUGAACCGAUUAUUGUGUCUGGAUGCCAGUUCUAUUCCACGUUCUAUAUCGGGAUGUCCGCUGCCAGCGACAUGCCAGUUGUACUAUGUCAACAGAGAUACCUUGUUUUCAUAUCAUCCGGCCUCAGAGAAGUUCCUCCACAGGGUUAUGGCACUGUAUGUUUCAUCUCACUACAAGAACUCCCCCAAUGAUCUGCAAUUGCUGUCAGAUGCUCCAGCACAUCACAUAUUUGUUCUGCUGGGCCCCGUGGCUUCAUCACAGGGAGAGCUGCCCGAAGUUUUGUGUGUCUUACAGGUUUGUCUGGAGGGUGAGAUAUCCAGAAACACCAUCAUCAACAGCUUACAGAGGGGCAAGAGGGCAUCAGGGGAUCUUAUUCCAUGGACAGUGUCUCAGCAGUAUCAGGACAAUGAUUUCCCAGGUCUCUCUGGAGCUAGAGUCGUGAGAAUAGCCACCCAUCCAGACUAUCAAGGGAUGGGCUAUGGCUCCAGGGCUCUAGAGCAGUUGCAGCAGUAUUACGAAGGGAAAUUCCCCAGUCUCAAGGAAACCGAGCAGGAAGAAAUGGAAGAUGAGGGCAGUGAUGAUAAUAGCGAGGAGAGCAAAGUCAAGGAAGUUUCUGAUGAGAGUAUAACCUUGCUGGAUGAGCAGAUCCAGCCUAGGAAGCACUUACCUCCCCUGUUGGUGAAACUAACUGACAGGCGGCCGGAAGGUUUGGAUUAUCUUGGCGUUUCAUACGGCUUGACCUCUGACCUCUUCAGGUUCUGGAAGAAAGCUGGUUACAUCCCUGUGUACAUGCGGCAGACUUCUAAUGAGCUGACAGGGGAGCACUCUUGCAUCAUGUUGAAAACACUGAACACCUCACAGGAGGAUCAAGAGAGGCAGGCAUGGCUGGAGGCCUUCUGGAAAGAUUUUCGCAAGAGGUUUGUUGCCUUGCUGUCCUACCAGUUCCGUGCUUUCAAGCCAGCGCUAGCUUUGAAUAUUUUACAGAACAAAGCCUAUAAAUCAUCAGAUUCUGGUCAGCUAAGUAAAUCUGAGCUUCUGAUGAGCUUGACGACCUAUGACAUUCAUCGACUGGAGCUGUACGCCAGCAACAUGGUGGACUACCAUCUCAUCGUGGACCUCCUGCCUGAACUGGCUAGGCUUUUCUUUACUGGGAGAAUCAACAUACAUCUCAGUGCUGUACAGAGUAGUAUACUACUAUCCCUGGGUCUGCAACACAAGAUCGUGGAGGAUAUUGAGAAGGAGAUUGAACUGCCAGCCAGUCAAAUACUGGCACUCUUUAACAGAUCUAUUCACAAAUUUGUGCAGUACUUCAACCAGAUAUUGGAGAAAGACGUUGAAGCUUCGGUCGCUGAAAAGAAAGACAUUGUGAUGGAUCCCCUGAGGAAGACAAUGGACCAAGAACUUAAUGAAGCUGGCAAUGAGUUUAAGCUGCAGCACAGAAAGGAUGUGGCUUCCAUCAUGGGCAGUGACUUGUCUCAUUACGCCAUCCGAGGCUCUGAUGCAGACUGGAAGGAUGUCAUGAAGGGCACAGGCAAAAGUGUAGUCAGUGUUAAAAGUCACCUGGAGAAGAAGAGAAAGCUGAUGGCAGAAACAGAGCAAGAACCACCGGCACACAACAAGAAGAAAACCAAAAAGAAACAGAAGAGCAAGAAAUGA